CACGCACACCUUGCGGCUACUCACAAACACCGCCGAGAGAGCACCUCCGCAGCACACGGCUUCGGUAAACUCUCCCCAGGCCCCACUGAGCCGCGCCCUGCCUUGGCGCCCGCCACGGUUGCGUAUCAACGAUGACUGGAGUCAGAGCAUCUAAGUAUGCAUCACUGAUGAUGCUCGUCGCCGCAGUAAGCGGCUGGGCGCCGGUGGCCCACCGAAGUGGCAGGCCGCACCCCGCGCGGCCGACGACGCGUCUCGCCGCCAAGCCCCAGGAGCCCGCCGCGGCCAGCCCGCUCGCCGCCCCCAAGGACGACCGCGCCGUCUGGGUCGAGCCCAAGGACUGGGUCCCCGGCGACUUUGAGAGCGACGAGGCCGUGCCUUUAUAUGUGUUAGAUGGCCCCUUGAUCCCGGGCAGUUCGCACGACGUCUCCGUACCCGCGAACGACGCUGGACUAAGCAAGCUCUUCGACGACUUGCUAAGAACGGGCUCGCGCCGCGUCAUCACGACCUGGGGCGUCCGGGCCGAGAACCGGACCUGCCUCGCGCGGUACGGGUGCCAGAUGGAGUUGCAAAAAGUCGAGGACGUCAGGGACGAAUCGCAAGGUAGGCUCCAGUGGCGCUGCCGCCACCAACUGUCUUCAUCUCGUGUUAGAAUUGACAAAGUAGUCGCUAGAUCCGCGGGAGACGCGUCUUACCUACGCUGCGUCGCGUCUGAAUCGGCUGAUGUCGAGACCGACCCGAGUGAAGUCAUCGCCGGCUCGCAAGUACGUGUCAGGACGGGCAAGCACGCUGGUGUGAGCGGUACCGUCGAAGGCGUGGUCAACGGCUGGGUCCGUCUCCGAACUGAUGACGGCGAGGUCCUCGCGAGUCGCGGCCGGAGAAGUGUGGAGGUCGUCGACCUGCCUCAAGAGAAGGAGACCCAGAAGUCGCCGCUGGCCUCGCUACUCAAGACGCUGGAACAGACGACGGGCGAGCUGGGCGAGCUCGUGAAAAGACUCGACGUCCGAACGAAGAAGACGUUACAGGACUCGAUAGGUAUCGAAAAGGUCACGUUCGAAGAAACGGUCACGGAAUUGCCGCUACCUCGAAGAGAAAAGCAGCUGCUCGAGUUAUUGAAGGAAGUCGCGGCCCUGCAAAGAGAAGUGGACGAGGACGUCAGAUUUAACGAAAAGGCCGUAUCACUCUUAGGUGCGGGGCGCGGCGUGGGCGUGGGCACGUUGUGGAACGUCGCCGAGACGUGGCUGGCUUACCUGGAUGGAAGGGCUUCUGGUGUUAGACGUAAGUUGCAUGCCGACCUGCAUGAAAGGUUGUUGGAUUUUCUUCGCUCGACAGGACGAUUGCCGGAGGUCGGCAUGGACGUGGGGGACGCUUCUGCUACAUUAGCUUUAUCUGAAUUACCGCGGGAUUUGAGAGCAGCAUUAACGACGUUGGACGCGCGCGUCGCGGACGACUUGGAGCCCGUGCACGCAGCGAAGCACGAAUUGCAGUCGCUGCUAGAUGCGGAGACGCACGACGCGCGCUGCGACGCCUUCUCGGCCAUUGUUCGGCGCGAGAAGUCGAGGUUAUUGGCGCGGAAGGGCCUGCGCAAACUCUUUGGGGGGCCCGAGGUCGUCGGCGACACGGUCCCUUUACCGGAGGGGUGGAGCGACGGCUUCGCGUCCGAAGAUGACGGUUUAGACGGGCGCAUCGAGUUCCUUUAGUAAGUAUGUACUAACCUA